CUGUCUUGCAAUUGAACUCGGUCUAGCAGCGAGAGAAAAAAGAGACAACGCGAAUUUGUUUUAGCCUCCUUGGAUCUUGACGGAGUCAACAUCUUCAGUCAAAAGAUGCCUGACUUGAGAGAGAAGGUAGCCAUAAUCACAGGUGCUAGUUCUGGUAUCGGGAAGGGGACAGCUGUGGAAUUUGCUCAGCUGGGAGCGCACCUGGCUCUGACUGGGAGAAACCAGGAAAACCUGCAGGCCACAGCAAAGGCCUGUGUGGAGGCAGGGACUCCGCAGGACAAGAUCCUGCUUGUGACAGGAGACAUCUGCAAAGAACAAGUGCAGAAAAACCUGGUGGAACAAACUGUCCAGAAGUUGGGCAGAAUUGAUGUGCUGGUGAACAAUGCAGGGAUAGGCCAGCCGGCUACUAUCGAGACAACAGACAUGGCGGAGUAUGACAAACUGAUGAACGUUAACGUUCGCAGUGUGGUGGCCUUGACUCAGUUGUGUGUGCCACAUCUGACCAAAACUAAAGGGGCCAUUGUGAAUGUGUCCAGUGUGUAUGGGAUACGAGCGAUUGAAGGAAAUCUUGCAUACAGCAUGAGCAAGUCAGCACUGGACCAGUUCACAAGAUGUGUUGCACUUGAACUAGCUUCCAAGCAAAUCAGGGUCAACUCUGUCAAUCCUGGUGUUAUCCCGACAGAGCUUUUCAGACGCGCAGGACGGACUGAAGAAGAAGUUGCCAAGUUUCUGGAACAUUCCAAGACUACACACGCCCUGGGGAGGGUCGGAGAAGUGUCAGAAGUUGCGAAGACCAUCGCCUUCCUGGCCUCGUCGGACGCGUCCUUCAUAACCGGCGCCCAGGUCCCCGUGGACGGGGGAUGGCACGCCAUGUGUCCGCGUUAAGCCUUGGUCACAACCCGCCGUACGUGCAUCUGCGUGCUGUCUUACGUGCAAAAACGUGUGCAAACAUAGGGCAUCCGUGCGUGCUGAGUACCGCCUCCGUACGGA